AUGCCCGCCCCGCAGUGCGCCUCCUGCCGCAAGGCCCGCGCCGCCCUCCGCCGCCCGCGCUCCGGCCAAGCGCUGUGCGGCACCUGCUUCUGCGCCGCCUUCGAGGCCGAGGUGCUGCACACGGUGGUCGCGGGCCGCCUGCUCCCUCGCGGCGCCGUGGUGGCCGUGGGCGCCUCGGGUGGCAAGGACUCCACGGUGCUGGCGCACGUGCUGCGCGAGCUGGCGCCGCGCCUCGGCAUCUCGCUGCAACUGGUGGCGGUGGACGAGGGCAUCGGCGGCUACCGAGACGCGGCGCUGGCGGCUGUGCGGCGCCAGGCGGCGCGCUGGGAGCUGCCGCUCACAGUCGUGGCCUACGCCGACCUCUUUGGGGGCUGGACGAUGGACGCCGUGGCCCGCAGCACGGCCGGCUCCGGCCGCAGCCGCUCCUGCUGCACCUUCUGCGGGGUGCUGCGGCGCCGGGCGCUGGAGGAAGGGGCGCGCCGCGUGGGAGCCACGCACGUCGUAACGGGCCACAACGCCGAUGACAUGGCGGAGACCGUGCUCAUGAACUUCCUGCGGGGCGACGUGGGCCGGCUGGCCCGGGGCGGGGGCCUGGGCUCCCCGGGCGAGGGGGGCGCCCUGCCGCGCUGCCGCCCGCUGCAGCUGGCCUCGCAGAAGGAGGUGGUGCUGUAUGCGCACUUCCGCCGCCUGGACUACUUCUCCGAAGAGUGCGUGUACGCGCCCGAGGCCUUCCGCGGCCACGCGCGCGACCUGCUCAAGCUGCUGGAGGCCGCGCGGCCGUCGGCCGUGCUGGACCUCGUGCACUCGGCCGAGCGCCUGGCGCUGGCUCCGUCCGCUCGGCCCCCGCCGGCCGGCGCCUGCUCCCGCUGCGGGGCGCUGGCCAGCCGCGCGCUCUGCCAGGCCUGCGCCCUGCUGGACGGCCUGGACCGCGGCCGGCCCCGCCUGGCCAUCGGCAAGGGCCGCCGGGGCCGGGACGAGGUGGGGCCGCCUGGGGCGCCUCGGGAGCAGGUCGGAACCCCAGACUCUGAGGCCGUUGCCUCGUUCUAG